GGGUACUUUUGCAUGGAUUUUUGUGGAGCACAAAAAUUGCUUUUCCGGUCCGGUCGGUCGGUGACGUUCAUCGCGAAUAUUCGUCACGCUUGUCUCAGCUCUUUGCUUGCCAGCCUAGCCUACACUUAACAGCUUAAUAGAGGUAAACUCAACCGGCAAGGAUGUUUGGUUUCACACUGCAAUGCAUUUUUGUUUUGGGGCAGAUUUUCCUAUUCGUGUCUGCAAGGAAGACUCGUGAUAUGAUCUACACUGAUGUGACUGGCUUUUCUGCUUGUGUCAGGAGAUUCAAUGCUACUCACCAAAUUGGAUGCUCAAGUGAUUUUCAUGGCAAUACUGGUGUGAUUCACUACAUGGCCAGUGUGUCUGACGUUCAGUGGUUGCUGGAUGUUGGUCCCCAUAAACCAUACAUUGCACUCAUGGAACCACAAGUCUUUCUUCUCCCUACUGUGAAUAAACUGACAAAGUCUGGUAAAGUAUCAGGUAUCAUGGUGAUUAACAUCAACUCAAGUCAGGUUAUUGAUGAGGACUUCUACUUCUCUCCAGAUCUCAAGUGCCCUAAUGACAAUUUUGGAUUCUACAGUAGUGACAACAUCAGCAGUGAGUAUGCCCACUGUGGCAGUGUGGAAUGGAAUCCUGCUGGGAAUGGCAUGAACUUCAUGGAUUUUGAUAUACCCAUCAUAUCACUCUACAAUGAGACUGAAGUGCAGUACCUCAUUAAGUGUUACAAGGAUCACAAUGAGCCAGUGAAUAAUCGUGCACAGAGUUAUCCAUUGUGUGCUGCUGAGCUACAUUCCUUCAUGUUUGGUGCUAAGGAUACACCAACGUGUAUGAGACGAACCCAGCAAACUACUAAUCUGGAAGUUUCUGUUUUUUGUGAUCCUAUUGGUGAUUUCAAUGUGUGGAUGACAUUGAAACCAACAAACAAAGAUAACCCACUGCAGGAGCAAUCACUCAUAGUCGCUGCAGCUCAGAUUGAUUCAUUCUCGUUGUUCUACAAUGUUCAACCUGGUCGUGGUGCUGAGCAUGCAGCUAGUAGCUAUAUCACACUUCUGGCUGUAGCUCAGGCACUCGGUGCACUCAAUACCAACAUCAAGCAGAACAUGACUGAUAUCAUGUUUGCCUUCUUCCAAGGGGAGAGCUAUGACUACAUUGGAUCAUCUCGGAUGGUGUAUGACAUGCUGAAUGGUAGUUUCCCUUACAUUCCUGAUGCAUCCAAGACUCAGCCUGCUUUCGUCACAUUAAAGGAUAUCCGUUAUUUCUUGGAAUUAAAUCAGCUAGCCCUUGUGAAGAAUGGCAAUGUGUACGCACACAUUGAUCCCAUCACCUAUCCACAAACCAAAACUCAGACUGAUGAGCUGCUAGAUAACUUACAGAUGGCCACAUUUGGUAACAUCACCAUUAAGAGACCAGACAUUCUUAAUCAGCCUGUGCCCCCAGCAUCAUUCCAGCAGUUCCUACGUAGUAAAGUCAAGGUACCAGGUAUUGUCUUGACUGAUCAUCAGACUGAGUAUCAAAACAACUAUUACAACAGUAGGUUUGAUUCUCCCGAGUUGAUCAACAUUGAAGAGGAUUACACUUCCCAAGUGUCUCCAUUAGCAGUGGAGUUAUCUGAAAUAGCAACAACUGUUGCAAGGGCCCUGUAUAAGUUGGCUAGACCACAUGCAACAGAUGAAGAGUCCAUCCGUGCCAAUGUAUCAACUAUCCAUGAGAUGUUAUAUUGCUUUCUGGUGAAGGCAAACUGUCCACUUUUCCGCUCAGUCGUGUCUAAGACGGAAUCUGAGAGACUAUCAAAUGUUUCAUAUGAUGCCUACGUGGGUGUAUUUGGGACAGAUCAAGGGUCUUUGGGAAACUUUGUUUAUCGUUUGCUGGGAUACUUCACCGGGAACCUGACAUGGACAGAGCAUAAUGAUUCCGAUGAAACUAAGGACCAGUGUAAAGAUAGUGACAGUGAUCAGAUAUCCCAUUAUUUCUUCAUGCAAGGACCGAAUCCCGAGGAUGGCUAUGGCUACUGUGUCAAGAGUAAUGUGAAUCUAGCCAAGGCUCAAUCUCCAGCAUUCAUUGAUGGCCAAGAAGAUUGGACAUCCACUCAGUACUCUACAUGGACUGAGAGCCAGUGGUCUUCCACUGCCUUCUCUGCAAGAGUUUACCUUAAGCCAAGUCCAGAACAAGAGAGUGUGAUUUUUUGCCUUGGUAUGGUAGUGGUGUUAAUGUCUCUGCUAGUCAGCUAUUUCUUCAAUGCUAGAGCGAAUAUACUCUUCUCCUCAAUAUAAGGAGCCAGAUGCAUCAGCAUUGGACAGCACGUCUCUUGUUCAAUAAGGGCUUUCUGGGUUGUAUAUUUUUUGUAAUAGGUUAUGGUACCUAUGUAUCUGCUCAUUGGAUCUUUGUGCUCUUAAAAUGAUUGAAAGUAAGAAUGUAUUUAAACUAUUGAAUCCAAAGUCUAAGAGUUAAAGAUGAAGCAUAAUCUUUGUAAACCUAACAUGAUGAUACAUGUACAAUCAUAAGGAGGUCUCAGUGUUACAACUGCAGUCAUGGCCAGAAUGUAUUGUAAUCAAGAAAGUCUUGAAACUAUGCACAACAUUUAAGAUACAUGGAGAGUGGACUUUUCAAAUCAUUCACCGUACUGCGAAGGCUUGCAUGGACAUAAAGUACUCAUUGUACUACAGUGUACAUGUAUUCUUGCUUGAAAUUGAGGGUCGAAUUGAAGCCUAGGGCUUAUAUGAACCAUCAAAUCUCGGUCAAACUAAUCUGAUCUUAACUUCAAGAGGGCAUGAGGUUGCAGAAUAGAAAUAAUAGAAGAAAAUAGAAGUUGAUGAAGUAACAUAGAAAUUAAUAAAUUAAUAUCUUGGGGUGAAUUUACAGCUGUGGAAUUUUCAAACAUUAUUAAGGCUGCUUUUAAAAGAAAUGAGAUGCAGGAUGUUUACUGCGUAACCCUGGCAAUGACUACUGAGUGAUUACACAAUAAGUGAAGUUAACUGAAGUAUACCAUUAAUUAUAGUUUGGCAACUAAGCCUAGUUUGUAAACCAAAUGUUUGUUUCUGGUUAAAACUGAACCAUGGAGUGACCAAGUAAACGUGUUCCUUUGCGGUUUUGUAAAGUGUAAAAUAUAUUUUAUGUCUGAUUAUAAUUUUUAUUUGAUAUUCCCAUUUUUCAAAGAGCUAAAUGGUUUUAUAAAAUUGCAACAAUUUGUGUUAAUCAAGUUUGAAGUAAAAUAACGUUUAAGUCUUGUAAUGUUUAUUGAAUCAGUCCUUACCAUUUGAUUCUCUGGGAAAACUGAAACACAUUGUGUGGGCAAAGUGUUGUAAAAAGUGUGAUUUGUGUUUGGUUGUACUGUAGUUUCAAUGUUGCAUCCAUUCAGCCCUGCCCUCUGUGCACAUCUGGAAUGCCACACUGCAUGAAUCAUGUCUGUGAUACGGUCAAAGCAUCAUGGGCAGCAGCUUAAUGGAUCAAUAGUGUGGAGAUUAAAUGAUAACUUGAAUUUUUUUAUAAUGUAACAAUUAUUUUGUCUAAAAUUCCUGUCACUUUGGCCCCCAAAAAGGGCAUAUUUCAUGUAGUACAUGUACAUGAGUGAUGGGCACUCAUAGCACUUGCCAUAAAAUGUCCAACCUUAUAACCAGCAAUUACACAGCACAUUUUAUGUCAGAAAUAAGUUCACAAUUUAUGUAGACGUUGCCUCUGAGAACGAAACUGGAAGCCACUGAAGUUCCUCUAAAAUAGGAGUAACAUGAAAGCGCUUAUUCCUAAGAGUUAUUUUCCUCGCUUGCCAUGUUUUGGAGUCGGUGCAGUCUGGCAAGCUGUGCACAACUCAGAUUGAGCAAAUGGCAGUUGCAAAAAUCAAUGUACAUUGUAUAUAGUCUCUCACAGAAUAAAAGUGGAUAGUGUA